AUGGAAGUUCACCCAUCACAGCGACGGCUUUCGUGCGAGGCUUGCAGGAAGAGUAAAACAAAAUGUCGACGGAUACAAGCUGAUGAUCUGAAAUGUGUACGAUGUGCUCUUGCCAGUAUAGAGUGCGAUACUGGACAGCAGAGGAAAGUAGGACGGCCCAAACGGAAGGCGCUGGAUCCAGCUUCCGCGUCUGGUUGUCGUUCUGCAAGCAAACGCCAAAAAGCGUCUACUGAUCUAGAGGCUCAUGGAACUCCUGCGAAUGGGGUUGUAUCAGUACAACAUGUGGAAAAUUUUUCAGAGAGUUUCGCAAAGCCUGCUCAAGCUCACAUGGGAACCGAUGGAGUUUCUCAGCAUCUCCUCGAUUCUCGAGCACGUGUGUCUACACGCAUGCCAAUGAUGCCGGAUCUGGUAUCUGGGGAAUGGCCUGCUACCAUGAACGAUAUAUGGUAUGGCAACACACCGUAUUAUGCCCCUAGUAGUCACAAUUUCCAAGAAACAACUCCAGAUUCUCAUUGCGGUGCGGAUGCUGCCUGCUCUACAGCGGAAUUCAACAGGAAUUGCAGGCCUGGAAACCAUCCCACAUUGAGCUUAUCAGACUUCAUGAAUCAAGUCUUGUCUUGCAACUCGCGCCCUUGGAUGACUUCAGAUCCCUGGAUCACUCCUGAUCGGACCUCGAAGUACCCUCUAAUCAGCAAGAGGAGUCAUCCUCUACCAUUCGGCAUAGGCAGACCGCCUACUUACUACAUUCACGAAAACCAAUUCUCAUCCAUCCCAGCGGAUGCUUCUAGCAAAAUUGGAAGAAAUGACUCCACGAUCACACUUCUCAGCAUGGUUCAAGGUCUACAGCUCCGUAGCAACAUAGUGAGACCUCACAGAUCACGACUUGAUCUCAGUCAUCUUAUACAGAGACACGGUCCUGUGUUCAUUGGAACCUUCUCGUUGGUCGAGUACGUCAUGGCAUCUACGGAGCAACUUUUACAGAUAGUGGCAAGUCUAGUCAACACAUCGGAGCCUCUACUCGAGCCUAACGAGAAACUUCCAACUCCCCUCGUCUCGAGUAUAAUGGAUGUGUACUGCCGCAUUCUCUCAUUCUUCGAACUUUUCCUUCAACAUCUCACAAAUGCAGCCGAGCGCAUAGCAACCACCCCUGUGAAACCUAUUCCUGGCCUGAGAUACAAUGGUCUAGUCUUGACUGGUGCUGGCAUACAAGGCACAUUGAUCUGCAGCUCUAUUUUCUAUCUCUUGGGAAGAGCGGAAAGUGUUCUUGGGCUCGAUACGGCAUCCACCGGGAAUGGGAUCUUUUCAGCAUGUCAGAUUGUCAUGCUGUAUAAGAAGUUGGAUAAAGGCGAUGGUUUGGUCCAGACCCGAGGCAUCAUAAGGCCCGCAGAUGUCAAAAAUCUGUUUAUGCGGGUGACCAUCAUCUUGGAGCAAUUAGCAUCGACGGAAACGGCGUGA